AUGAGCUUGGGCGGUAGGAGCGAUUCCCUGGCCUUCCCGAACGGCGAGAACGCCGGCGGCGUUUUGUCUUCACCUCAGCCACACCCUUUCCACAAGAGGAGACUCGAUGAGAGGAAUUUGUGGAGCCCUUAUACGGAUGGUUUCUGCAAGGACGGUGGCGGCUGUAAGUUUGGUCUCCCAGGAGCCGUUCGGUCACAGAAUGGACAUCACGUUGGAGGAUUUGCUGCCCGGAAACUACCUCGGUUCUUCUUUGGCUGUCGAAACGACGCCGUGUUGGCGGAUUCGUUGUCCAAAACAUCUGGUGCGACGUGCGUGCAAUUUGGUUGCCCCGUCUUCGUCAAUGAUGUGAUUUCCGUGAAUUGUGGUGCGCUCUACUUAACCUGUGAUUGUGGGUUUGUACGUCCAAUGAAUGUCCUUCAAAUCCGUUUGAUACACAGACUCUCUAACGCUUCAGCUAAAGGACAGAGGUCUGAUGAGAGCAAUGGAUGCUAUAAGAAGAGAAAUAUGACAUUACCUCCGUCAAAAGCUGCGAGGGAUUUUGAGGCCAAGAUGAAGCUGCCUGAGUUUCCGGAGGUUGUGUGGCUGGUCAGGGAUGUUAUGGCUGGAUAUCAAACAUUUUCCUUGGUGGGUGACUUGUGUCGGGGGUCUACUUGUAUCCCAAAUGCAAGCUCCUUCAAGAGACUACUCUUCAUGCAUGACGGUGCACACGACUAUGUCCUGGCUUUAUCUUACUGCUAUCGUGGAGGGAUUGUCGGGUUUAUGAUCACUCGGGACUUGAAUGAUUACGUAUGUUGCAACCAGCUGGACCUGUUCACGUUCGAACGGUCAAGAUUACAACUGCUUUUCUCCUCCUCCUGCAUAAAAAGACAUGAAUUGGAAAACGGGCUUCCAACUCGCAUUCAUCUGUGUCGCCGUGGCUAUCGUCGGCGGCCACUCUCCGUCAGCCGCACCAGCCGGUCGGAGCACCCGGACCAAGCCCCGACUCCAUUCCUCCUGGUCCGGCGUCGGCCGAUUAUGUGAUCUUGACCAGUUGAGAGAUGCCAACAUUUGGAAAAUCUUUGCACGCCUCAUUGACUGCCCAAACACCAGCGGCUUUUCGAUUCAGGAGAGUGAAGGGCAUGGCUGGCGGAUGAGGGCAUCU